AUAAACUGUCAAUGAUUAUGAGACGAAGAUUGGAAAACGAAGAAAAACUUUAUUGCAUCCUUGGUGCUGUGAUUCUUGGAUUUCCGUGUUUAUUUGCUAGUUUUUCUAUAUUUUCACAUAGUUCAAAUGAAUUAGUAUCAAGUAAUUUCAAUAGCGCCUACUAUGCACAAGGAAAUGGACAAUAGGCGUUUAGUUGUUACAUUAGCGGUAGUGAUACUGCAUUGCUUCGCUGUGGAAGCAUUCUAUGUUCCGGGAGUAGCUCCUGUAGAGUUCAAGAAAGGACAAAAAAUUGAUGUAAAGGCUGUCAAAAUGACGAGCACCCACACGCAGCUUCCCUACGAGUACUACUCACUACAGCUCUGUUUGCCCAAAAAUGGGACACUGGUGUAUAAGAGUGAGAAUCUUGGCGAAGUGCUUCGAGGCGAUCGGAUUGUCAACACUCCAUAUGAAGUGCGAAUGGCAGAUAAUGUACGGUGUAAGCUAUUGUGUAAUAGCAAAGAUCGACCCCUUAACUGGGAUCGAGAACAAUCCGAGAAGGUGGCUGAGAGAAUCAGACAUGAAUAUUUUGUACAUUUAAUUGUCGACAAUCUACCAGUUGCGACUAAAUUUGUAAAUCCUGAUACGAACGAGCUUCAGGUUGAGCACGGAUAUCGACUUGGACAAACCGAUGGUAACAAUGUGUACAUCAACAAUCAUUUAAAGUUUCGAUUAUUCUAUCAUCUACAUAGCGAGAAUCAAUAUCGCGUUGUUGGAUUUGAAGUGGAAACAUUGUCUGUUCACAUGAAUGAAAUUCACUUUGAAGGUGAUACUUGUAGUUUCCCGGAAAACCCUCGGCCCCAACCAGUUACUGUUCAUGCUGGCCACACACAACUUUUUUUCACCUAUUCAGUCGAGUGGCAGGAUUCUUCGGUAAAAUGGGCCUCGCGCUGGGAUAUUUAUCUAGGAAUGAAUGAUGUUCAGAUCCAUUGGUUUAGUAUUAUUAAUUCGUUGGUUGUAGUGUUCUUCCUGUCUGGUAUCCUCACAAUGAUCAUGGUUCGAACAUUGCGACGGGAUAUUGCGAAAUACAAUACGGACGAUAGUGUUAACAUUGAGGAUACUUUGGAGGAAACAGGGUGGAAGUUGGUUCACGGUGAUGUUUUCCGACCCCCGAGACAUCCCCGAUUGUUUGCCGCAGUCAUUGGCAGUGGAAUCCAGAUAUUUUUCAUGGCACUAAUAACAAUUAUUAUCGCUAUGUUGGGAAUGUUGUCGCCGUCUUCUAGAGGAGCGCUUAUGACUGCAGGAAUAAUGCUUUACGUGUUCAUGGGUUUAAUUGCCGGAUAUUUCUCCGCCCGUCUGUACAAGACGAUGAAAGGACGAAACUGGGAACGAGCUGCCUUUCUGACCGCGACGCUGUUUCCAGGCCUUGUAUUUGGGACCUGUUUUAUUCUGAACUUCUUCAUUUGGGAUAAAGACUCGAGUGGAGCGGUCCCGUUCGGCACGAUGGUGGCUUUGUUAUGCUUGUGGUUUGGCAUUUCGCUGCCUCUGGUUUACCUGGGAUACUACUUUGGAUUCAGGAAGCAAGCCUACCAGCAUCCAGUGCGGACCAACAUGAUCCCCCGACAGAUUCCUCACCAACAUUGGUAUAUGAAUGUAGGACUUUGUGUACUGAUGGCAGGAAUACUACCUUUCGGGGCUGUUUUUAUAGAACUCUUUUUCAUAUUCUCUGCCAUUUGGCAAAAUCAGUUCUAUUACUUGUUUGGAUUUUUGUUUCUUGUAUUCUGUAUUCUGGUCGUGAGUUGCGGACAAAUAUCCAUCGUCAUGACGUAUUUCCAGCUCUGUGCUGAGGACUAUCGCUGGUGGUGGCGAAGCUUUAUAGUUUCUGGUGGAUCAGCAGCUUAUAUCCUGUUCUACAGUGUAUUCUACUUUUUCACCAAACUUGAGAUUACGGAAUUUAUUCCUACGUUGCUGUAUCUCGGCUAUACCGGUCUAAUGGUCAUCACAUUCUAUGUUUUGACGGGAACAAUUGGAUUUUUCGCUGCAUAUAGCUUUAUUCGAAAAAUUUACGGUGCAGUAAAAAUUGACUAAUUUAUUUAGUUGGAUGUACUAAAUCACCUAUCCUCGAAACUAACGAACGAUAAUCGAUAAGGGACUGAACAAAAGUGUGCGACGUUUAGGCCGUAUACUCGUAGAAUAUAUUCGUGCAUCCGAACAAAGUAAUCCGGACAGAUUUUGUUGCUUAUUUCUCGUGCAUGGAAUUCUUUCAAACGUUUCGCGUAAUUACUGCUUGUAGACCAGGUGAAAUAUGUGUUGUAUCUAUUUAAAUUAAGCUUUGAAAACGAGUGACGAAUAAAUGUGAUGUUUUAGAUAUGUUUGCAUGUGCGAAGGUUGUGCUUACUGAGUGAUUGAGCAGAUGAAACUAAUAAAACAAUGAAAUUAGGAAUUACAUUACAUGCGUUUAAAUUUAGUCAGCGAGACAUUUGAAUGGAGACCACAUAUAAAAUAAAUUCAUACGCUGCUCUUGUCAUGGAA